AUGUCGGACGCCCCUAAACCCACGGUGGUGCUCGAGGCCCACGAGGUCGACACUUUCCAUGUUCCCCAGGCCUUCCACGACAAGCACCCCACAGGCACUCACCUUAAGGAUAUUGACGAGUACAAAAAACUCUACGAGGAGUCUAUCCGUGAUCCCGACACCUUCUGGGCUCGCAUGGCCCGUGAGCUGCUCACAUUCGACAAGGACUUCCAGACCACCCACCAUGGUUCCUUUGAGAACGGCGACAAUGCAUGGUUCGUCGAGGGCACUCUGAAUGCCUCAUUCAACUGUGUCGACCGUCAUGCGCUGAAGAACCCCGAUAAGGUGGCCAUCAUCUACGAGGCCGAUGAGCCCAACGAGGGCCGCACCAUUACAUACGGCGAGUUGCUGCGCGAGGUUUCUCGCGUGGCUUGGACUUUGAAGAAGCGUGGCGUGAAGAAGGGUGACACUGUCGCCAUCUACCUCCCUAUGAUUCCGGAGGCUGUCAUUGCUUUCUUGGCCUGCUCGCGAAUUGGUGCUGUGCACUCGGUCGUUUUUGCCGGUUUCUCAUCUGACUCGCUGCGAGACCGUGUCAUUGAUGCCGACUCCAGAGUCGUCAUCACUAGUGACGAGGGCAAGCGCGGUGGCAAGGUCAUUGGUACCAAGCGCAUUGUUGACGAGGCGCUCAAGCAGUGCCCCGAUGUGACUACUUGCCUCGUGUUCAAGCGCACCGGCGCUGAGGUCCCCUGGACCACCGGUCGUGAUAUUUGGUGGCACGAGGAGGUCGAGAAGUACCCCAACUACCUUGCCCCGGAACCUGUGAGCUCCGAGGAUCCUCUCUUCCUACUUUACACUUCCGGGUCAACCGGAAAGCCCAAGGGUGUCAUGCACACCACAGCAGGCUAUCUGCUUGGUGCCGCCAUGACCGGCAAGUACGUAUUUGACAUCCACGACGAUGACCGCUACUUCUGUGGUGGUGAUGUGGGUUGGAUUACUGGCCACACAUACGUCGUAUAUGCUCCUCUCCUCCUAGGCUGUGCCACCGUUGUCUUUGAAUCUACCCCCGCCUAUCCUAACUUCUCCCGCUACUGGGAUGUCAUUGACAAGUACGAUGUCACCCAAUUCUAUGUCGCUCCUACGGCUCUGCGCUUGCUCAAGCGGGCUGGUGAUGAGCACAUCCACCAUAAGAUGAAGUCCCUCCGCAUUCUGGGCUCCGUUGGUGAGCCCAUUGCCGCAGAGGUGUGGAAGUGGUACUUUGAGGCUGUUGGCAAGGAAGAAGCUCACAUUUGCGAUACUUACUGGCAAACCGAGACUGGCUCCAACGUCAUCACACCUCUGGGUGGUAUUACCCCCACCAAGCCUGGCAGCGCCUCUUUGCCCUUCUUCGGUAUUGAGCCUGCUAUUAUCGACCCCGUCUCUGGCGAGGAAAUUACUGGCAAUGAUGUCGAGGGUGUAUUGGCAUUCAAGCAACCCUGGCCCAGUAUGGCUCGCACCGUCUGGGGAGCACACAAGCGUUAUAUGGAUACCUACUUGAAUGUUUACAAGGGAUACUACUUUACCGGAGAUGGCGCUGGUCGCGAUCACGACGGUUACUACUGGAUCCGUGGUCGUGUUGAUGAUGUUGUUAACGUCUCCGGUCACCGCUUAUCCACCGCCGAGAUUGAGGCUGCUCUUAUUGAGCACCCCAUGGUUGCCGAAGCUGCUGUCGUUGGUAUUUCUGAUGAGCUGACCGGCCAGGCCGUGAAUGCUUUUGUGGCUCUAAAGGAUGGCAAUGAGACCAACGAUCAGGCCGUCUUCGUUGUGGAGGACCUCCCCAAGACUCGCAGUGGUAAGAUCAUGCGCCGCAUUCUACGCAAGAUUCUCAGCGGCGAGGAAGAUAGCUUGGGUGAUAUCUCAACACUUUCUGACCCCUCUGUCGUGGAGACGAUCAUUGCCACCGUCCACGCUGCCCGUCGGAAGUAA